CCAAAUUGAGCCCAAAGGACUUCAACAACAACAAAUUGAGAUAUGGCGGUGGCCAAACUUCACGCCGGCGGUGGUAUGCCGAUGCCGAUGCGCCUUCUUCCUUCCCCGAUGACGCACCGGACGCUUCCCAGAAUUGCCUCUUUCGCUCCACGGAGACACACCAUCGUUGCGUUGGCGGCCAAGAGAAGCCCUAAGCGUCUCAAAUACUCUACUCCUCGUUUCACCAAGGAGGGGGAAUUGGUGUAUAUUGAGGUCGAUCCUUUUGGUGCUGAUUCCUGGAAACUCCAACCUGUCAUUGAGCUUCUCAAGCAAGGAGCUGUUGGUGUUAUUCCCACUGAUACUGUGUAUGCCAUUGUUUGUGAUUGUAAAAACCAUUCGGCUGUUGAGCGUCUCCGAAGGAUUAAAAAGAUUGAAUCCUCCAAGCCACUUAGCAUCUUAUGCCGUUCCUUACGGGAUAUUGACACCUUUACUAUGGGCUUUCCUCGUGGUGAUGGUCAUGGUCAUGCUAACGUUUUUCGAGCUGUCAAGCAAUGCUUACCUGGUCCUUACACCUUCAUCUUGACUGCUAGCAAAGAAUUACCCAAACAAUGUGUAGGGUAUGGCACCACAAGUGUGAAAUAUGCAUCUAGGAAAAACGUGGGUGUCCGCAUAUCUGAUGACCCUCUCUGCCAAGCUAUUCUGCACGAGAUGGAUUCCCCACUGAUUUCCACAAGUGUGAAAGGGCCAAAAGAAAAUGAAUGGAUGAUUGACCCAACCGCAAUCGGUGAGAUCUAUGGACCAGAGGGUCUGGAUUUUCUGGUAGAUGGAGGUGUACGAGUGGCUGAACCGUCAACCAUCGUGGAUAUGACAGGACCAUAUCCCAAGGUCAUACGGCAAGGGAAGGGACCUAUAUUGCCUUGGAUGGUGGUUGAGGACAACGAUUCUCCCCUGCGCCAAGAUCUUAUGGCUUCUGGCACUUAAAACAGAUACAGGCACAGAUUAGGUCUUUGUUUGA